AUGGAGAACUUAUCUAGUACACAUAACACACUAAACACAAAACUGUCCAUGGCGCAAGGAGUAAACACAAAACUGUCUAUGGCGCAAGGAGUCCAUGGCGCAAGGAGUAAACACAAAACUGUCUAUGGCGCAAGGAGUAAACACAAAACUGUCUAUGGCGCAAGGAGUAAACACAAAACUGUCUAUGGCGCAAGGAGUAAACACAAAACUGUCUAUGGCGCAAGGAGUAAACACAAAACUGUCCAUGGCGCAAGGAGGUCUAUAAACACAAAAACUGUCUAUGGCGCAAGGAAUAAACACAAAACUGUCCAUGGCGCAAGGAGUAAACACAAAACUGUCUAUGGCGCAAGGAGUAAACACAAAACUGUCUAUGGCGCAAGGAGUAAACACAAAACUGUCUAUGGCGCAAAGUAUAAACCACAAAACUGUCUAUGGCGCAAGGAGUACAAAAACUGUUCUAUGGCGCAAGGAGUAAAACAAAACUGUCUAUGGCGCAAGAGUAAACAAAAACUGUCUAGCAAGAGUAAACACAAAACUGUCCAUGGCGCAAGGAGUAAACACAAAACUGUCUAUGGCGCAAGGAGUAAACACAAAACUGUCCAGGCGCAAGGAGUAAACACAAAACUGUCUAUGGCGCAAGGAGUAAACACAAAACUGUCUAUGGCGCAAGGAGUAAACACAAAACUGUCUAUGGCGCAAGGAGUAAACACAAAACUGUCUAUGGCGCAAGGAGUAUUUGUCUAA